UGGCAAUCAGCCACGGAGUUCGUUUGGAUUGGGGUCGCACUAAGUUACGGAGUAAGCGCUGCUCUCCUGUGCCACCACCUUCUCCGUACCUACUCCGUAAGUGCCUACCAGAGUGCUGCAUACUUCUGUGUCUUGAUCCCUACUGCCAUGGGUAUAUCGUAUGUACACAUCGCCUAGGAAUACACUUACACUCACAUGCACACACAAUCUCUUGCUGAAUAAAUCUUUGGCUAGAUCAAUUACAUUCAUUGGACUUUCCACAUUUUCGCAGCAGUUGCAUCAUACAGCGUUUACUUAUUGGCGUUCGCCUAGAUGAGAGGCUCUGAGAAAUCGUUAAUGCUCACAUAGCAAGUGCGAAAUUUUUCAUCAUGGACAACAUUUCUGAAAUUGUCGAAAGACUUGGCAGUGACGAAGACGCUGUCCGGAAAAUGGCCGUCUUCAAAUUGCAGAGUCUUAUUGGGGAUCCUUCAUUUGCAGACGUCUUUAUCAUGGAAGGUGGGCUGGCCAAGCUACGAUUCCUCACUUUACAUACAAGUGGAAAUACCCUGGCAUAUAGCCUAACCAGCUUGGCUAGACUGCUUGAGGUCGACAAAGGAUGGGAUUUCAUAGAUCAGGAGGUAGUCGAGAGGGUAUGUGUUUUUAAGAUAAAUAGCAGUCGUCCAAUCUGUCCUAUGCAUACUCAUGUACUGACAAAAUGCCUGAUCGUCUCUAGAUCGUCGAGCUCAUCGUAACCCACCCACUCGUUAACAUCCUGCGCGGCGCAAUGUCUAUACUGGUUUCGAUUGUUUCACACCCUCAUACUGGAAGCCGCCUAUCACAAAGCGGCACCUUUGGCUUUCACGCUCUGAAUCCUGCCAUCGCCGCCUAUCCGCAGUUUCUGGAAAUGCUUGUCAGUCGAUUAUCGUCGGCGGACCAUGCCCUGUGUGCUAAUGCGCUUCAACUGAUAAACUCGCUCAUGCGCGAUUCCAUUACGAACGACUCAGAAUUACAGUGGCCGAAGUUUAUACAGAAACUACAAGAUCUGGGUGUUAUCAAGGCCGUUUAUGCGCUCAUGCAAGGCACAAGUUUGCAAGAUCACGCCCACCCUCUAAUAGAGUUUCAAUCCCUCACCAAAGUCCUUCUGAGAAAGUGGCGAGAUAUUCCUCUGGAUAUGGAGAAUGCCGAACACAGGAGAGCGCUAAAGGGGAUACAUCUGGCUAGUCAGCCAGAGAGGAACCUGGAUAAAGGGGGUGAUGGUGUAGUCGACAUGCGGCGGUCCAAGAAGCACAACACGGACAAGUGGAGACGGCUUGGGUUUGAGUCGGAAAGUCCGGUCACGCAGUUCGAAAAAACAGGCUUCUUAGGAAUGAUGGAUCUCGCCGAUUACGUUAGAAGCCACCAGGAUGAAUUUCAGAAAAUGCUCCUAGAGCAGUCGACCAAGCCAAAUCAGGAACGGUGUCCGAUUGCUCGAGCUUCUUUAUCUGUCACCUCCAUCUUGUACGAGCAUUUUGAAGUGGACAAAUCCGAUAUAGAAGAUGCCAAAAGCUAUCUGAUUUUGGAAUCUCGCUCAAACCUUGACAAGUUAUUUAAUCCUCUACUGCUGCAUUGGACUCGACUUCAUGUUGCGGGGGUACAUGCAUUUUUUCGAUUAUGGAAGGCCACUGGAGCGGAGGUCGAAGACUAUGACAAAAUCGUCGAACUUGUUCGUAUUCUCGUCGAAUCUGCUGUCGGUGGGGCGUCUCGAACAAAAGACGUGCAGGAUGUUGAGGAGGAGCUUGCUGAUUUUGAGUAUAAUCGUCUCCGUGAGCUGCAGAUGGAGUUGUUGGAGCUCACUUAUGAAGACGCGUGGGGCCAGCAUCUACGACAGGUGCGGGAGGAAUUGCACAAUGAGGUUCUGCAAUUCAUCAAAGAACAAAGGAUUCGGUGUCUGUUACAAGGCAAUUGGUUCCCGAACGAGGUGGCCUCCAAGUCAGACAUAAGUGUGCCGAAAGAGCACUCAUGGAAAUUCGUUCAACUCUCACAUAAUCGGCGGUUUUUACAUUUUGGUGAUUUCGACUCGAGAGGAAACAACAACCCAGAGCUUGAUACUCUGCCUGAGAAGAUCGAUCUGUCGGUUGUGUCUUCAGUGGUCUCCAACGUGUCAGCGUCAUCCAACAACUCGUCAUCUUCAACUAUAAAGAGCAUGUUGCAGCAUCCUUCCACGAAAAUCACCAUUCAUGGGUAUAUGCAAUCUCAUUCAAUGCCGGGCGAAUCUAAGAAAACAAGCAGCCACGAUCGUUCCACCAGUAGAGCAACACAGGGCGAGGUUGUGUUACUGGGCCUGCGUCCUCAGUCCCCUAGUAUCGCGUCUGAGUGGCUCGAUGGCUUGCUCAUGCUUCUCGGCCAACAGCCCAUCACCUCAGAAACGGGCAAAUUGGUGAAGUCAGUGAGUGAUUAUGGACUAAAAAUUCGUCUAUUGAAUAUCAGGUUCGACGACGCCGUAUUUGCCGGCGAAGCUCCUAACGUUCCGUCUCGUGAAGGUCUAGAUGACGACUAUUACUAUGACCUUUUCGGGGGCAGCUAAUUCGUAUCCGUUUGCUGUCCAAAUCGCAUGGACGGACUUGCUCGUCUAUCAUAUAUGUAAUAUAACGCACCUUUCUUAUUUAUGACAAGGCGGCAGAAUAUCACUCAGGCAGGCAUGAGCCUGCUAAAUUCUAAUUAUCUCAGUAUCGCACGGUUAGGACGUCUAGAAUCCAUAUAGGAACUGGGAAUAUUCCAUCCAAGGCAUGAAACCGAAUCAAGGGCAAUGCACCGUACGGAGUAAGGUACUCUGUAGAUAAGGUACA